ACGUAAACAAUGUGCAAAUAUGCUGUCGUUUAUUUCGGCUACCAACUGGUGUUCGACGCGUUGCUCUUGAUGGAGUUAUACGCGCAAGUACAUAGGUAACCAAUGUUCCAAUAUGCUGUCGUUUAUUUCUGCUACAAAAUGCUGUUCGACGCGUUGCUUUUGAUGGAGAUAUACAUAUGCGCAAGUGGACCAACUGUGUGCAAAUAUGCUUCCGGCUCUUUCGGCUACAAAACUACUGUUCGUCGCGUUACUCUUAAUGGAGAUAUAUGCGCAAGUGCUCCAACUGUGUGCAAAUAUGCUGUCGGCCCUUUCGGCUACAAAACUGCUGCUCGAUGCGUUGCUCUUGGUGGAAUUAUACGCGCAAGUACACCAACUGUGUGCAAAUAUGCUGUCGGCUCUUUCGGCUACAAAACUGCUGUUCGAUGCGUUGCUCUUGGUAGAGUUAUACGCGCAAGUGCACCAACUGUGUGCAAAUAUGCUGUCUGCUCUUUCGGCUACAAAACUGCUGUUCGACGCAUUGCUGUUCGUGGAGAUACACGCGCAAGUACACAAACAGUGCGUAAAUAUGCUGUUGCUUUUAACUUUUUAGUUCGUCUUUUGUUGUUUCAGGUUCGACCACUUGGACGCCGGUUUUAAAAUAACUGUCAUUCACCGGUAAAACGGUACU